UCUAUCUAUCUAUCUAUCUAUCUAUCUAUCUGUCUGUCUGUCUGUCUGUCUGUCUGUCUCUCUGUCUGUCUAUACAUCCAUCCAUCCAUCUAUACAUACAUACGUACAUACAUACAUAGUGGUUGUCUACUCCUUAAACAGAGUUUGACCACCUCCUGCACCUACACCUUAGCCCUUUCAUGGCGUCUGAUGUGGCUUUUUAAACCAGACAGUGUUUUGAAAAAACACCCACACAGAUUGCACCUCUGAUUUGCACUACCAAUACCUGCAAACGUUGCAAUAACAAAAAAUGACGCCUGCUAAUGGUAUUUAUAUUGGUCUGACAUCUAAAAUGACUAUUAAAUGUCGGUAUAAUGUGAAGAACCUUCUUAAUUUCAAGCUAUUGAGAAACGAAGUUACAGUUGUAUAUAUGGAAUACUACAGGUCCAUAAAAAGAUUUAAAACAAUUGUCAAUAAGGAUGAUUUCGACUGCACUUUAGCUUAUUGCAGUAAAGGUGAGGUUACUUGCUGGAAACGAAAUCCCACUUGCAGAGAUGCAACAUACUACAACUGUGGCAUUAUGAAAGAAGUUUCGAAACCUAGGUUUAUGAAAGGUGAAACAUUCCAACAAGUAGCUUCCAAUUCUAUAUAAACUUUGUGUACAAAAAUAU